GCAGUGUCGUCAUUUCCGGGUGGCAUUGUAGACAGGAUGCUGAUUCACACAUAGAAGUAAAACAACGUCCCGUAUUUAUUACUUAUAAACAUGUCACUGUGAUACACCGUGGACUCUUGGCGACAGUAUUUCCUGGCAGGUUACCAUGGUCCCCACAGACUUUAAAGCUCUGAUCCUGAGGUUUUAUCACCUUCAGUCUGAGCGGGUGGAGACGUAUCAACUCUUUGAAGAAGGACACGAGGCCUACUUGAGGACGGGGCCCCAUUAUGACUUUGACCACUACAGGCAGCUGGUCCAUGAGAUAACGCAGGCCUUCUGCGGCAUGUCCACGGAAAUGCUGGAGAUCAAAGGGAAGCUGCACCACGACUUUGACAGGCCGGCCCUCUCUGAGCACAUUGACAAGCUGCAGAGCAAAGAGAAGCAGAAACUAGAGCUGACAGCCGAGCUGCAGCUGGCCAGGCAGCGGGCCCAGGAUCACCCGGAGGACGAGGGCUGUCAAGAACAGAUCCAGGAGAUCAAGCAAGAGAUCAUCAGGAACAAAGAGGCCCUGAGUGAAAUCAUGCAGGACUUUAAGUAUGACUCCGAGGAGUUUGAUUGACAGGCGGCUCCCAGGAGGCAGAGCAGCGGAUCGGCUCUGCUGCAAACUUCCAUCUUUGACUCCUCGGCUGCGCUCAUCGAUCCCUCUCUGGCUCCGCCCUGCUCGCUGCAGCAGUCUCACUCCACCCAGGAGACGUUUCACAUUCUGGCUCUGUGUGUUUCUAUUUGCAGUCACGUGUUCUUGUUAAUGCAUACCUCGGCAAAACAAAAAUCAAAGAAGAAAGAAAUGUAAAUACUCUAGAGGUACCUUUUGUUUAUGUGAUGAUUUGUGUUUUUAAAAAAUAAACAAAGAGAAGUUUGA